CACGGAAGUAGCUAGGGGAAUUCCUAGCUUGUCAACUUGCAUCGGAUUUUAGAACAUACUGUAGCCAACUGAACUGAAGCUUGUAAUUUUCGAGGGUGGUUUUUCUUCGGAAUAGGAUAAUGACAGAUAGCUAACGUUACAAUUAUUUUUUUUUUAAAGACAGAUGUAAUUUUGGUUCGUUAGUGUCAUACCUAGCUAACGUUGCUUAUCGCCCUCGACCAAAUUUAGCCAACGUUAAAGUUAGAAAGCUAUCCUAGCGUGUUAGAUAGGAUAGUUGUUUAUCGCUAGUUUGCUUCUGGCUACACAUCGCUCCAGGUUGAUAGUCUAAUGGUUCAGCCCCAGCCCCACACCGGGAGCUCACAGUGGGAGAUGAGUGGGGAGGAGGCGGUGGGCACCGGAAGCAAUGGGUCACUCGGCCCCAGUUCCCAAGGCUCGCUCCGCGUUCCGCCUGAGCUGGCUGGCAAUGAGGUGGUGCUACGACUCGUGGGAGACAACUGCCAGCUGAAAGAGGCACUGAAGAGGAGUAAUGACUCCCUACGGGAGCGAUGUGGAGAGAUGGAGGGAUGGCAGAAGAAGGCCAGGGAAGAGAGGGAGUUCCUCAGCUGUCGCUUCCGGGAGGCCAAAGCCCUGGUGGAGCGACUGCAGGGGGAGAACCAGGUCCUACUCGGAAAGUUCAACCACAACGCCGGCCGCAGCAAGACGAGCCUCACAGAAACAGGAAGUCAGGCUCCAGACUCAGAGGAGAGGAGCAAUGGCCUCCAAGACUCUCUCGAGUCAGCAGAGGGCCACUUGAAUCCAGAGAAGUGUGACUUGGAAAAGCAUAGGAGUUUGUCUUGUGGGAGUGACAGUAGUUUUCUCAGUAGUUUGAUCAUCAGUAUGGAGGACUUAACGUCCUUUCAGGAGGGAUGUGGGGAUGAAGAGCCUUCUGAAGGAACCAAUGAGUUCCUGCAGCUGCUGAAGAGCCACAAAGAUAAGCUGGAGAGAAACAUGAAGGACAUGCGGAGGAAGAAUGAAGAGCUGGAGAAGGAGAAGGCGGAGGGAGAGAAGGAGAGAGAUGGCCUGCUCGCCACCGUGGACCAGCUGCAUACUCGUCUGAGUCAGCUCACACUGCAGGGUGGAGCUGUGAUGACUGAGGCAGUUCAAAGGUCAGAUGCGCCACAUAUGGCCUCCGACAGCGGCUCCCAGUUAUCCAAGAUGAAAGAUCAGCUCCAGGCUACACAAGAAAGGUAUAAGGAGCUGGAGGAGAAGCUGGACUGCCUCCAGAAGAGCUCAGUGCACAGGGACCGAGCCGAGGUUCAGCUCAAACAGAAGGAAAAGGACUGUGCACAGCUGGCCAAAGACAGCGAGGCCCUGAAGGCUCAGGUGACCUCUCUCCUGGGGGAGCUGCACGAGAAACAGAGCUGCCUGGAGAAGAGCGACGAGAAGAGGAGAGAGCUGGAGGAGAAGCUGAGUUCCAAGACGGAAUCCCUGCAGACCCUGGAGAGGGACAUGGAACAGCAGCGGAGACAGAACAGCGUCACCGUGGACAAGCUGCUGAUGCAGGUGCAGAAUCUGGAGGCUGCUCUCAAGAAAGACCGCCUGGUCAUCACCGAGGAAAGGAGGAAGCUGGCUCAGCUUCAGCAUGCGUACACGUGUCUGUUUCAGGAUUACGACGCCAAACUGAAAGCAGAGAAUCAAGCCAAAGUGAGGGGCGGCGAGGUGGGGGACCUGGCGAACCGGCUGGUGGAGGCUGAGAAGGCGCUGGCCCUGAAGCAGGACCUCAUAGACAAGCUCAAGGAGGAGGCGGAACAGCAGAGGAGCGUCCUGGAGACCGUGCCGGUGCUCACUGCACAGGCGGAAAUCUAUAAAUCCGAUUUCCUGGCGGAGCGGGCGGCCCGGGAGAAGCUUCACCAGACCAAGGAGGAGCUCCUGGAGCAGUUGAACCAGGCCAACGCCGACAUCGAGCGGCUCAAGCAGGAGGGCACCUCCCGAGCUCGGUUGGAGGCCAUGCAGAACAGACACAUCCCUGCUCCUCCACAGUUCAAUCAAGCCCAGCCUCCCCAGUCCUUCCGCAGUGCUGAGGAGCAGCCUGACUUCCGCUGCCCAAAGUGCCGUUACCAGGCUCCCGACAUGGACACCCUUCAGAUCCAUGUCAUGGACUGCAUCCAGUGAGACACCCCCUCACCCCCCUCCCCGCGGAGGAGCGGUUGGUUGGGAGGUGGGGUAUGAGCAGGGGGAGAUUGGUGGUAACCCGAUGAACUUUACCUUACAACCAGUUACUCAUCUGAUUGGAGGAGAAGGAGGACAAGGGACUGGGCAAGGUGAAAAGAGACAUAUUGUGACCCUUUGACCUUUGGACACUGUUGCACACAAUCUACUUGACUGACAGUAAAGCAUCAAGACAACGUUUGGAACAUUGAUAUGAGCACCGGUCAUGAAAUCUCUGUUCAGAAUCUAAAAUUGCAUCAACUUUGUAUGUGUGACAAUGCUGUGUAUAUUUUAUAUAAAUACUAUUAUAUAAGAUUCACACGCUUACAUGAAUACAUAUAGAUAUGUAAAUCUUGUUGACAAAAAAUGUAGGAUCCUGCCUAUGUGACAGCAUAUUGUAAUGUAAUGCACGUAUGGAUGUGUGUCUGCUUCUUGGCAUAUGUCUGUCUGUGGCCAUGUUUCUUUCUGCCCGUGGUUUUUUGUCCAUCUGCCAAGAUGUUCUCACUCUUUGAGGAUCUAUGCCAGUCUCCUAUGUGAAUAUUGUCUAUUACAUUCAUUAUAUGAAAACAUGAAAGAGGCUUUUACUUUGUAUAGACUGUUGUUAUGGCAAGAGGUUUAAAGUAAUAAAUAUAACUGUAAAUAUAA